CCGAGCUCUCCGAAGGGCCGGGCGCUUGGUGGGCUCGUCCUUGUUCCCCGCUGUGUUUUGCCGAGUCAAGGGGAUCUCUUUGGAGGCUCGGCGAGAUGCUGCUCGUGGUGAUGUGAUCGCAUAGCAACACAGCAGCCGGGGCGGUGGAGGAGGAGAGGCAGCGGUGCUGAGGCUCAGCAUGCAUCCCUGUCACAGGGACUCCUCUGCUGAUUCACACGCACAGCCCCUCUCCCCGCUGCCCGCUGCCCCCGCGCCUCAGACCUGGCGGACUCGGAAGGUGCUCCAUCCCCAUGACCAUCAGUUCUGAUGCAGCCCCUGGUGAUGCAGGAAUGGCUCUAUGUCCUCCCGCGAUGUCCUGAGUGGCACAUCCCGGACCAGGCGCAGCACAGCAGCACUGCCCGCCCGCUGUCUCAGGUUGAAGCCUCGCAGGAUGGUGCAGGACCUUCGUGUGUAACCCCCCGGGCUCCAAGCAGUGCUGCCGGGCCCCAGGCCCCUCUGGAGAUGAAUCUUUGCUGGAACGAGAUAAAAAAAAAAUCCCACAGCCUUCGGGCUCGGCUGGAGGCCUUCUCUGACCACAGUGGGAAGCUGCAGGUGCCUCUCCAGGAGAUCAUCGACUGGCUGGGGCAGAAGGAUGAGGAGCUGUCGGCACAGCUGCCCCUGCGGGGCGAUGUUCUCCUGGUGCAGCAGGAGAAGGAGACACAUGCGGCUUUCAUGGAAGAAGUGAAGUCUCGGGGACCAUACAUUUACUCUGUCCUGGAGUCAGCACAGGCUUUCCUUUCCCAGCACCCAUUUGAGGAAUUAGAAGAACCAACUUUGGAAAGCAAAGAUGUGUCUCCCCGGCACCGGAUCCAGAACAUCAGCCGCUUUGUCUGGAAGCAGGCCAACGUGGCCAGUGAGCUGUGGGAGAAGCUCACGGCCCGGUGUGUGGACCAGCACCGCCACAUUGAACGGACCCUGGAGCAGCUCCUGGAGAUUAAAGGGGCUAUGGAAGAGCUCAGCACGACCCUGGACCAGGCUGAAAGUGUGCGGGAGACCUGGGAACCCAUCGGGGACCUCUUCAUUGACUCCUUGCCAGAGCACAUCCAGUCAACCAAGCUGUUCAAGGAGGAGCUCUCCCCCAUGAAGGAUGGGGUGAAAGUGGUCAAUGAUCUUGCACACCAGCUUGCCAUCUCAGAUGUCCACCUGUGCAUGGAGAAUUCCCGCACCCUGGAGCAGAUCAACACCCGCUGGAAACAGCUGCAGGCCUCCAUAAAUGAACGGCUGAAGCAGCUCCAAGAUGCCCACCGUGACUUUGGACCAGGGUCCCAGCACUUCCUCUCCUCCUCUGUCCAGGUCCCCUGGGAGCGAGCCAUUUCCCCCAACAAAGUGCCAUACUACAUCAACCACCAGGCCCAGACAACGUGCUGGGACCACCCAAAGAUGACAGAGUUGUACCAGACGCUGGCGGAUUUGAACAACAUCAAGUUCUCGGCAUAUCGGACGGCCAUGAAACUGCGGCGGGUGCAAAAAGCCCUUCGAUUGGACAUGGUCACCCUGGCCACAGCUUUGGAAAUCUUUAAUGAGCACGACCUGCAGCCCGGUGACCGGGCGAUGGACGUGGUGGAGGUCAUCCACUGCCUGACCGCCCUCUACGAGCGGCUGGAGGAGGAGCGGGGCAUCCUGGUGAACGUGCCGCUCUGCGUGGACAUGAGCCUCAACUGGCUGCUGAACGUCUUUGACAGUGGCCGCAGUGGGAAGAUGAGAGCUCUCUCCUUCAAGACGGGCAUCGCGUGUCUGUGCGGGACAGAGGUCAAGGAGAAGUUCCAGUAUCUCUUCAGCCAAGUGGCGAACGCCGGGGGACUGUGUGACCAGCGGCACCUCGGCGUCCUGCUCCACGAGGCCAUCCAGGUCCCUCGUCAGCUGGGGGAGGUGGCAGCGUUCGGGGGCAGCAACGUGGAGCCCAGCAUCCGCAGCUGCUUCCGCUUCAGCAAUGGGAAGUCUGCCAUUGAGGCAUCCCAGUUCCUGGAGUGGGCCAACCUGGAGCCACAGUCCAUGGUGUGGCUGGCGGUGCUGCACCGGGUGACCAUGGCCGAGCAGGUGAAGCACCAGACCAAGUGCUCCGUCUGCCGGCAGUGCCCCAUCAAGGGAUUCAGGUAUCGGAGCCUGAAGCAGUUCAAUGUGGAUAUCUGCCAGACCUGCUUCCUCACUGGGCGAGCCAGCAAGGGCAACAAGCUGCACUACCCCAUCAUGGAGUACUACACCCCGACCACAUCCAGUGAGAACAUGAGGGACUUUGCCACGACACUGAAGAACAAGUUUCGCUCCAAGCAGUACUUCAGCAAGCACCCACAGAGGGGUUACCUGCCCGUCCAGUCUGUGCUCGAGGCUGACUUCUCUGAGACCCCAGCCUCCUCCCCGAUGUUACCACACGCCGACACACACUCCCGGAUUGAGCACUUUGCCAGCAGGCUUGCAGAGAUGGAAAGCCAGAAUUGUUCCUUCUUCAGUGAUAGCCUAUCCCCUGAUGACAGCCUGGAUGAGGACCAGUACCUGCUGCGCCAUUCCAGCCCCAUCACUGACAGAGAGCCUGGGGGCAGCCAGCAGGUUCCAGGAAACCUCAACAUGGAUGACAAGGGAGAGCUGGAAAGAGUCCUGGCCCACUUAGAGGAUGAAAACAGGAUCCUCCAGGGAGAGCUGAGACGUUUGAAAUGGCAGCAUGAUGAGGCAGUGGAGUCUCCAACCUUGGCUACAGGCUCUCCUGAAUCAGUGCAAGACCCGCGUAACGACGAGCUCCUGGCAGAAGCACGAAUCCUUCGGCAGCACAAGAGCCGCCUGGAGACACGGAUGCAGAUCCUGGAGGACCACAACAAGCAGCUGGAGUCACAGCUGCACAGGCUGAGGGAGCUGCUGCUGCAGCCUCCAGCAGAGUCAGAAGGCAAUGGUUCAGCAGCCUCGUCCUUGGCUUCAUCUCCACAUCAGUCAGAAGGCAGCCAGGCAAAGGAGAGAGAGCACAACACCCCUGACACUGAAACUGCAGAUGAGGUGGAAGCCAAAACCCAGGAAGUCAGCAUGUGCCUGGAAGACAUAAUGGAGAAGCUGCGGAGCGCCUUCCCCAACUCUCGAGGUGAGGUUUUCCCCACAGAGCCCUGCCCUGGUCCCAGCUUCCCUGCGACAGCUGAUGACCCACAGUGCUUCAGCCAAGAGCUUUGCUGCUGCAGUGCUGCUGGGACAGGAGCGUGGCCUGGGAACGGAGGAGGAGGAGGAGGCUUCACACCUGCAAGGAGAGGAGAUCAGAGCUGCCAAGAGCACAGACCAAACAGAUCCCUGUGAUGAGCUGCAAGGCAGCCUCCUGCCCUGCUCAGGACCCUGCACUCCACAGGGCUCCCACCCAUGAGGAUGGACAGACUUGUCAGCACCACCUGCAGCAAGAGCUUUGAGCCACCUCCUGGCUUCAUCCCUGUCCAGACCCCUCUGCAGGAGAGGCUGAGGCCCCAGUAGCCUGGUGAGAUGGAAGCAAUGGUGCAAGCUCUCCUGGCUGCUCAUGGAUGGCUCUUCCCAGCAGGGAUGGAGACUGGGGGAUGUGUGUGUGGGUGGCACUCCACUCAGCAAGGUUUUGGUGUUGGUCAUUCUGCUCUUUCCCUCUGUGCUCCAGUGCAGGAGCAGCACUCGGUCUCUUGCCCAGGCUGCCAGAGGGAGACAUUGCUUGGUGCCAGCACUAACAUGAGGUGGCGGUCUGCCCAUGCAGACUCUUGCCCACUUUCUGCCAUCCCUGAGCAGGAUCCUUCUGGCUGUGCAGCAGCCCCUUUCUAACCAGGUGGCUCUGGGUCCUGCUUUCCUGACCUGUCUAUUUCUCUUUCAGGUAUGACCUCCCUUAUCUAACACCUCCUGUGAGCCAGAGGCUUUUCCUAACCAGCUACCUGGCUGCUUUCCUCCCCCUCUCUCCCUGCCAUGCUCCCUGUGCUGCAGCAGCCCUCACACAGACUCCCUCCGAGCUGGUGGUGCAGGAUGCUUGCCAGCUCCAGAAGAUCUCAGGGGAACAUAGGUCAUGCAGGAGUGGGACUGUGGGCUCCCCAGCAGGCUGGUUUGGUCACACAGUGGCUGAGCCUGGGUGGGAUGGUUCAGAAGAAAGAGCUGAAGCCAUGAAAACUGCCUGUCUCCCCUGGCACCCAUGGGCUGCUGCCUUUGCCUAUAGCCCUCGGGGGAUGCAGAGCUCAGCAUCCCACUCUUCAUUUGUGCCCAGGAGCCUCCAGGUCUAUGGGCAUCAAAACACUCCUGGAGCCACACAACUUUUAAAAUAACUCUUUAUAGCAGUAACCAGCUGCCAGCCUUGUGGUUUGAACUCUGCCACCCAAGGCUCUGCAGCCAGCCAGGCACAUACCACCAGGAGAGAGUCUGUGAGGUUUAUGGAGUAGGGAUUGAGUCCAUGUUAGAGCUUCAGCCCAGCUAGUAGCCUUAUAUUGAGAGGGUCUUUAUAACAGAGCCUUAUUGUUUAAUUUGCAUAUAUUUCUAUAUAUUAUAUAUAUAUACUGUACUUAAACACUCUCAUGGACUCACUCUAUUAAACUCUAAUACCUUAAGUGUAGCUGCCCUUCACUUUCAGACCAGCCCAACUCCUGCUCCCAUGUGAGCCAGCACCUUCCCUGUUGCUGGUGUUGCGUUGCAGGGUUGCUGUGAGGGAGCUCAGUGAGGGCUGGACCCACAGCAGGUACUUCAUCCUGCCUGGUUUCCUGGGGAUCUGUGCCUUUGCCAUGGCACUGAGAGCCUGUCCUGCACAGACCCAGCUCCAUCCCUGGGGAGCCUCAGGGGUUUCUCCAGCCACACUCCAGCCCUGGGGCCACCUUGGUCUGAUGCAAGUGCGUGGCAGUGUGGGUGGGCAGCAGGACAGGCAGGACCCCCCUCCUUGCUGCCCCCAGGGAGCAGCUGCCCUGCUGCUGUCCCCACCCUUGAGUUGAGUGGGGGGCUGGAGGCCCUGGUUGGGAGGGGUCCCCUGGGGCAGUGCAGGGAGGCUGUUCUGCCAGCUGGCAGGGCAGCUUGGGGCUGGUGGCUCCAGGUCCCCACGGGUCCCUCGGGCUGGCUGUCUGGUGCUGUUAUGUCGAGAAAGAGGCAGAGUCAGGUGCUGCAGGGUAACCCAGAGCUGGGGCUGAGAUGGCCCUGGUGCUCUGGAGACACAGGGUGUGGAGAGAUGAGAGACUUGAGCCCUCGGGACAGGGUAGGGCUGCGCACUGAGGUGAAACAUCCGAUUUAAACAGGGCUUGCAAGGACAGAGCCAGGGCUGUUGUUGCUGGCUGGGAUGGGACAUCACAGUGAACUCUCUGGGGAGGUUGUGACCAGGGCAGGGUGUCAGCCCAGGGCUGUGGGCUUGGCUCUGGGGUGUUGGCAGAGGUGAGGAGCAGUUCCCACACCAAGAACAAGGUGGUGUGAGCCUUACAGCCAGGACUAUUCAGCAUGUAGUGCUCCAGUGUCUGCUGGCAGCAGUGUGGGUGGCUGUCCUUGCUGUCCCCUGCCCUGGCCAGGUGAGUGGCAGGAGGGCAGUGUGGUGGCAUUAGGGUGACUUUGGGCAUGCUGUGUCAGGCUGUGGGUGAGAGGGACCACAGGCCAGCCUGUGAGACCCAGCUGGACCCCUCUGUUAUCCCAGGGACAUGGGAUGGAGCCUGGGGAGCAGCAGAGUGAGGCUUGGCCUGAGGGUGUGGUCAGGAGUAUCCAGCCUUGGGGGGCACUGGAGGGAGAAAAAGGGCAGGAUGAGGAGAGAGCUGCUGGCCCCAGUGGCAGGUGUGGGGAGCAGAGGUGGCCAGGUUGGGUGCUUGGGCUGUGUUUGGGAGCCAGGGCUGUGUCAGGGAGGGGAGCAGGCUGGCUAAUGCUCUGGUAACCAUGUACUGUGGUGCUGCUGUCCUCACUGCUUUGUGGCAUCUCUGCUCUGGAAAGAGAAUAAAUUUGUAUUUAUACUGAG